UGCUUUUGUCAACAUGGCGCCGUGUAUUUCGGAUUCUGUAUAACUGUUUUAGUUAUUCAGAAAUAACAACACGUUUAAGCCAUUCUCCGUUCGUGCUACACUUAGGUGGGAAUCGGACAUCUGGUGAGCCAUCACCCUGAGGCAGAGAACCUGUAUUGGUGCAGACUGUAUGGAAGAAUAGGACUGAAGUGACAGACUGUGUCCGCCGGGAUGGAUGUGGAGGAAGAGCACAUGACGACGCUACUGUGCAUGGGCUUCUCGGAGCCAGCCGCCAUCCGCAAGGCGCUCCGUAUGGCCAAGAACGAUAUUAACGAGGCGGUGGCCCUCCUCACUAACGAGAGCCCUGGCCUGGGCUACGAACCUAUGGAGAGCGGCGACCGCCAGGUGGGCGGCAGUGGCGGAGGAGGGGGCGGCGGUGGAGGGACCGGUUCCCGAGGUGGUGGUGGAGGAAACGGAGGUGGAGGAGACUACAGUCGGAGUGGGUUUGAUCCGCCACCCGCUUAUGACGAGGUGGUAGAAGUGGAGAGAAGCAGUGAUGAAAAUGGAAACUGUUCCGGAACCAUUGAAUUUCCAACCACAAAUUUGUAUGAAUUGGAAAGUCGUGUGUUCACUGAUCACUGGUCUAUCCCUUACAAACGUGAAGAAUCACUGGGCAAGUGCCUGAUAGCAUCCACGUACCUUGCACGGCUUGGUCUUGCCGAUGCUGAUGAAAAUUGUAAACGAUUUAUAGACCGAUGUAUGCCAGAAGCUUUUAAAAAGUUAUUAACUUCAAGUGCUGUGCAUAAAUGGGGUACUGAAAUCCACGAGGGAAUCUACAACAUGGUCAUGCUUUUAGUGGAUCUGGUUGCAGCACGAGUCAAACAAGACCCAAUUCCGAUCAGCCUUAUGGGAGUACUCACCAUGGCCUUCAAUCCAGGUAAUGAAUACCAUUUCAAGAACCGUAUGAAAAUGUGCCAGAGAAAUUGGGCAGAUGUUUUUGGAGAUGGCAAAAUGUAUGCCAUCUCUCCACCAGCCAACUUGCAGAAGCACCGAGGAAGUACCUUCAUAGAAGGACUGCAGCAGUUCAAGAAGGAACCUCAUGGCUGGCUCAUAGAUCUGGUUAAUCGGUUUGGUGAAAUGGGUGGAUUUUCAGCAAUCCAACUUAAGCUUGGCACAGAGGAUAUAGAAACUGCAGCUGUAUCGGCACUGGUGCAGCCUUUGAGUGUCUGUGCUGAAUAUCUAAAUCCCAUGGUGGUGCAGCCCAUGCUGGACCCAGUUAUCGACAAAAUGAUUAGAUAUGUACAAAAUUUAGAAGAAAAAGAUCUGAAAGACAAGAGAUUGGUGACCAUUCCAGAACUUCUCUCUGCUAUCAAACUUCUGUGCAUGCGCUUUCAGCCUGCGUUGGUAACUGUGGUUGAUGACCUCCGAUUAGACAUUCUCCUACGCAUGUUGAAAACUCCUCACUUUAGUGCAAAAAUGAACUCAUUGAAGGAGGUUACUAAAUUGAUUGAGGACAGUACCUUAUCAAAGUCUGUGAAGAAUGCAAUUGAUACAGACAGAUUAUUGGACUGGCUAGUGGAAAACUCUGUACUAUCAAUAGCACUUGAAGGAAAUAUUGAUCAAGCACAAUACUGUGAUAGAAUAAAGGGAAUAAUUGAACUGCUGGGCAGUAAACUCUCUCUUGAUGAACUUACCAAGAUCUGGCGCAUUCAGUCAGGACAAUCUUCAACUGUCAUUGAAAAUAUUCAUACCAUUAUUGCUGCUGCUGCCGCCAAGUUCAACUACGAUCAACUGAACCAUCUCUUUAUCUUAAUACAGAAGAGUUGGGAAAUAGAGAGUGACCGUAUUAGACAAAAACUUCUCAGCCUUAUUGGAAAAAUUGGUCGUGAAGCACGUUCUGAGAACACCACAGGAAAGGUGCUGGAAGUACUAUGGGACCUUGCCCAUUUACCAGCACUUCCAACGAACUUGGUCCAGCCGGCACUGGAAGAGCACCUGACUAUACUCAGUGAAGCUUAUGCAGUAAAGGAGCAAAUUAAGCGAAGUUACAUUAUUAAAUGUAUAGAAGACAUUAAAAAGUCCUCCCAACAAAAUAACCAGCAGCCAGUAUGGGUGGUUCCAGCAUUGCGUCAACUUCACGAGAUUACCCGGUCCUUCAUCAAGCAGAGCUGCCAGAAACAAGACAAGAGCAUUGUGCAGGAUUUGAAGAAGAACUUUGAAAUCGUGAAAUUGGUUACAGGAAGUCUUGUGGCUUGCCAUCGACUUGCACUUUCUGCAGCUGGACCAGGAGGUCUAACAGGGUUAACAAUCGUAGAUGGCAGAUACACCCAUCAAGAUUACUUGGAAGCACACCUGAGGUUCCUUGCAUUCUUUCUUCAAGAAGCCAGCCUUUACAUUGGUUGGAAUCGUGCCAAGGAGAUUUGGGAGUGCCUGGUGUCUGGAGCAGAUAUCUGUGAACUCGAUCGAGAGUUGUGCUUUGAAUGGUUUACCAAAGGACAUGGAGAUUUGGAGAGUGAUGUUCAACAACAGCUUUUUAAAGAAAAAAUCCUUAAACUGGAACCCUAUGAAAUCACUAUGAAUGGUUUCAAUCUCUUCAAAACUUUCUUUGAGAUAGUAAAUCUAUCUGAUCAUCGACUGAAAAGACAAGGUGCUCAGCUGCAUGUUGAAAAACUGGAGCUAUCAGGAAUGGAUUUUAUCUGGAGAAUUGCCAUGGAAUCACCAGACGAAGAAAUUGCCCAUGAGGCGAUCCAUCUGAUCAUUAAUUACAGCUACAUUAGCCUGAAUCCACGUUUGAAAAAGGAUUCUGUUUCCCUGCAUAAGAAAUUCAUAGCAGAUUGUUAUAAACGUUUGGAAGUUGCUAGUUCAGCUUUAGGAGGCCCUACCUUGACACAUGCUGUUACAAGAGCAACUAAAAUGUUAACAGCCACAGCCAUGCCCACUGUUGCUACAUCAGUACAGUCACCAUCCAGGUCCAGUAAACUUGUCAUAAUUGAACGAUUGCUACUGCUUGCUGAAAGAUAUGUGAUUACAAUUGAGGAUCUAUAUUCUGUUCCACGAACUAUCCUACCUCACGGAGCUUCUUUCCAUGGACAUCCUAUUACUAUCUCUGUAAUUUGUGAGUCUACAAAAGAUUCAUUUACUAUUGAGGCUCACAGCAAUGAAACAGUUGGAAGUGUCAGGUGGAAGAUGGCAGCACAUAUCAAUUGUCCAUUGGAUAACUUACAAAUAUUUGCCAGUGAUAGCUUGCUCACCAUGAACAAAGAUCAGAAGCUACUUCACCAGUUGGGGUUUGCAGAUGAACAAUUACUGACUCUGAAAAUGCCUGUAAUGGGGACACCCUCAGGAAGUUCUGUUGACUCAUCCUCUAGUAGUAGUGUAUUCAACUCAGCAUAUGCCAUGGAACAGGAGAAAUCAUUGCCUGGUGUUGUGAUGGCACUUGUGUGUAAUGUGUUUGAUAUGCUUUAUCAGCUUGCCAAUCUUGAAGAACCAAGGAUAACAGUGCGUGUUAGAAAGUUGCUGCUAUUGGUUCCAACUGAUCCAGCCAUUCAAGAAGCACUAGAUACACUUGAUGCUUUAGGAAGAAAACAGAAAACAUUGUUGACCGAUUCCAAUCACCAAACUUCCAAGUCGCCUUCACUUUCUUCAAAGCAGCAGCAUCAACCUAGUGCAAAUACUAUUCUGGAGAGCCUGUUUAGAUCGUCAGCACCGGGAAUGUCCCCCUUCAGAGUACUUUAUAACCUAGAGGUUCUUAGUUCUAAGCUGAUGCCUACAUCAGAUGAUGAGAUGGCAAGAAACUGUGCAAAAUCCUUCUGUGAAAAUUUUCUGAAAGCAGGAGGUUUAAGUUUGGUGGUGAACGUUAUGCAGCGAGAUUCCAUUCCAUCUGAGGUGGAUUAUGAGACAAGGCAGGGAGUUUAUUCAAUCUGUCUACAGCUUGCAAGGUUUCUGCUAGUUGGCCAGACCAUGCCUUCUACCUUAGAUGAUGAUUUCCUUAAAGAUGGAAUGGAAGCACUGUCCUCGCGCCCAUUUCGUAAUGUUAGUCGGCAGACCAGUCGGCAGCUGUCAAUGUGUGGUGGGCAAGAAAAAUCAACAAUGAGACAGAUGAGUGUGACAUCAGAUCGGUCAUCGAUAAGAAUUGAGGAAAUAAUACCUGCAGCCAGAGUGGCAAUACAGACAAUGGAUGUGAAUGAUUUCACCUCAACAGUGGCCUGUUUCAUGAGACUGACUUGGGCAGCAGCAGCUGGACGUCUUGACCUGGUGGGGAGCUGCCAGCCAAUUCGAGAGAGUACCAAUUGUUUAUUUUCCGUUGGUAUACGGAAUAGACUCAGCAGUUCAGGUAGCACGUGCAGUACUGGAAGUGAGGGUGAAUCAACCACACUACAUGCCGGCAUAUGUGUGAAGCAGCAUUCUGUCUCCACCAAAGAUACUCUUAUUGCUCGAGAGGCCUUAUCACUUCUGGUUACAUGUUUACAACUGCGAAGCCAGCAACUAGGCUCGUUUUAUGUUCUACCUUGUGUGAGUGAUUUUAUCAUCGAUAUUCUUCUUGGAUCCCCCAGUGCUGAGAUUAGAAGGGUCGCCUGGGAUCAGUUGUAUACACUGAGUCAGACGGAUACUUCUGCAAACCCAGAAAUCCAGAAACCUAAUCAGUUCCUUCUGCAUGUCAUCCUCACAACACAGCUUCCACUCUGGUCCCCAACCAGCAUCAUGCGUGGAGUCAACCAAAGACUUUUAUCCCAAUGUACUGAAUAUUUUGGCUUGCGUUGCCAGUUAUUGGAUGACUUGACAUGUUCAGAAAUGGAACAGCUUCUUAUUAGCCCUGCUGCUAUGUUGGAAGAUGAAGUUAACUGGCUUGACAACUUUGAGCCUACAUGGACUGCUGAAUCCGAGACCAGUGAAUCAGAUAAUGUUCUUCUCGCAGGACAUCUGCGCCUUAUCAAGACUCUACUGUCACUGAGUGGGCCAGAAAAGGAAUUGCUCGGGCCAUCACUAAUCAAACAAUUGGUGGAAGACUUCCUAUUCCGUGCUUCAAAAAUUAUCUUGACCAGCAGCAGUCCAGCGGGGAGCUGCUCUAUUAGUCAACAGGAUUUCCAUCCAAAAUGCAGUACAGUCAAUAGUCGACUUGCUGCCUAUGAAGUGCUGGUCAUGUUGGCAGACAGCUCAUUGAGUAACCUCCAGCUUAUUUCCGAUGAGCUGCUUUCAAUGCACCACCAAUUUGACCCUGCACUUACAAAGGAAUUUGAGUAUUUGCCACCUGUUGACAGUCGUGCCAUUUCUGGAUUUGUCGGUUUGAAGAAUGGAGGAGCAACAUGCUAUAUGAAUGCAGUGUUCCAGCAACUUUACAUGCAGCCUGGGUUGCCAGAAGCAAUGUUAUCAGUUGAUGAUGAUGAUGAUGAGAAUCCAGAAGAAAAUGUAUUUUAUCAAGUUCAGUCCCUCUUUGGGCACCUGAUGGAAAGUAAAUUGCAAUAUUAUGUUCCGGAGACCUUCUGGAAGAUUUUUAAAAUGUGGAAUAAGGAGCUGUAUGUACGUGAGCAGCAAGAUGCUUAUGAAUUUUUUACUAGUUUGAUAGACCAGCUGGAUGAGCACCUGAAGAAACUUGGGCGUGAACAAUUUUUUAAGAACACUUUCCAGGGUAUUUUUUCUGACCAGAAGAUCUGCAAAGAUUGUCCUCACAGAUAUGAGCGUGAGGAAGCAUUCAUGGCACUGAACCUGGGGGUAACAUCAUGCCAAAGCCUGGAAAUAUCGCUGGAUCAGUUUGUAAGAGGCGAGGUGCUUGAAGGAGGCAAUGCAUACUACUGUGAGAAAUGUAAAGAAAAGAGGACAACAGUGAAGCGAAUGUGCAUCAAGUCUCUUCCAAGUGUGUUAGUCAUCCAUUUAAUGAGAUUUGGGUUUGACUGGGAGAGUGGCCGUUCUAUCAAGUACGAUGAACAAAUAAGGUUUCCUUGGCUUCUUAACAUGGAGCCCUAUACCGUGUCUGGAAUGGCACGUCAAGAGCACUCUUCCGAACAUGGUGAAAAUGGCAAAGCAGGUGAUCACAUGGGAGGCGGCUCUCCAAGAAAAAAAGGUGCCCCAACUGAAAACUAUGAGCUGGUUGGAGUGAUUGUUCAUAGUGGCCAGGCACAUGCUGGACAUUAUUACUCAUUCAUCAAGGACAGGAGGGCUGGUGGCAAAGGGAAAUGGUAUAAAUUCAAUGAUACCGUAGUAGAAGAGUUCGAUCUAAAUGAUGAGACUUUGGAGUUUGAAUGUUUCGGUGGCGAGUACAGACCUAAAGUCUAUGAUCAAUCAAACCCUUAUCCUGAAGUCCGUCGCAGGUAUUGGAAUGCCUACAUGUUAUUUUACCAGCGAAUGUUAGACCAGAAUUCUCCAGUUUUACCAAAGAAAAGUCGAGUUAGUGUUGUUCGACAGGAAGCGGAGGAUUUAUCUUUAUCUGCACCCUCUUCACCUGAAGUUUCACCCCAGUCAUCCCCUCGCCCUCAUAGACCAAACAAUGACCGUCUUUCAUUGCUGACCAAACUGGUAAGGAAGGGAGAAAAGAAGGGGCUCUUUGUGGAAAAAUUGCCAGCCAGGAUUUACCAGAUGGUACGAGAUGAGAACCUAAAGUUCAUGAAAAACAGAGAUGUUUUCAACAGUGACUACUUCAGUUUCAUGCUUUCCUUGAUUUCACUCAAUGCAACUAAACUGAAGCAUCCUAUGUACCAGUCCAUGGCAAAGAUUGGCAUGAAGCUUGCCAUCCAGUUCCUCUUUCAAACCUACUUGAGAACCAAGAAGAAACUAAGGGUGGACACAGGAGAAUGGAUAACCCUCAUUGAGAGGUUGCUUACAAACAGUUGUGAAGCCUGUCAGUGGCUAAUUGAAUUCCUGGUUGGGUCUGAGGGUCGAGAACUAAUAAAGAUUUUCCUUCUGGAGUGCACUGUUCGAGAGGUCAGAGUCACUGUUGCUACCAUUCUAGAAAAAGCCCUGGAGAGCGCUCUGCUUUAUCAGGAUAAGCUGAAAGGCUUGGACGAACUGCUGGAGGUGCUGCUUGGCUUACUAGAUAAGGAUGUAGCCGAGAAUUGCAAAAAUUGUUCCCAGUACUUCAACCUCUUCAACAACUUUGUUCAAAAGGGUUUCAAGGCUUGUCAACUCUUAUUCAAGCAUUCUGCAUUCAAACGUAUGCUUUGUUUCCUUCUUGGUCCAUCAAGGCAGAACAACCAAAGUCGGCGCUGGAGUUCUGCACAGGCCCGUGAAUUCUGGUAUCUUCAUAUCACUUUGGCAUCACUAGUCUUACAUACAGACAUUUCAUCCCUACUCACAGUUGAUCCUGGGCAGUACAAAUGGCAUUCACCAACUCCACAGGUACCUUUGCACCAGGAUGUAGAAACUCUCUUCAGACCUGAGGGGCAAAAUUACUUACUUGAGGUUAUGUAUGCUAUGCGGGAGCUGACGGGAUCUUUAUCUGUGCUUUCGGAGAUGGUGACUUACUGCUGUUUCUGCAAUGAACAUUUCUCAUUGGUACAAGCGUUACAGACCAUUAAGAUACAACUGGAGACAGCUCCACCUCACGAAUUGAAAAAUAUCUUCCAGUUACUGCAUGAGAUCCUGGUUAUUGAAGAUCCAUUGCAAUCUCGCCGGCUACAGUUUGCUUUUGAGUCGGAGAAAGGACUUUUAGCCCUGAUGCACCAGAGUAAUAAUGUUGACAGCAGUCGCUGCUAUCAGUGUAUCAAAUUCUUGGUACUGUUAGCUCAGAAAUGUCCAGCUGCAAAGGACUACUUUCGUGAACAUCCCCAUCACUGGAGCUGGGCUGUGCAGUGGUUACAGAAAAAGAUGUCUGAACAUUAUUGGGCCCCGCAAAGCAACAUAUCAAAUGAAACCUCAACAGCAAAGACAUUUCAGCGCACAAUUUCAGCACAGGAUACAUUAGCCUAUGCUACAGCCCUUUUGAAUGAAAAGGAACAAUCUGGGAGCAGUAAUGGUUCAGAAGGCAGCCCAGCUGCAGAGAAUGGAGAUCGAACUCUUCGACAGGGCUCAGAAUCACCGAUGAUGAUUGGUGAAUCUAAAAGUGAUUUUGAUGAUAUGGAUCCAUAAAAUCGACUGGAGAUUCCUUUUGGCAAUGCUUGGUGUCAAUUAACUUUAUUAGUGCUGAAUGACGAAGCACUGUACCAGAUGGCUUCAGGCACCAUUCGAUUUGGAGAAGGUGCACAGACUCCCAGGUUGCAGAUUGCAGGCACUGUUGCGAAGCAAAUCUUGCCAAGAGUUGAAGUUCAAGAUUUAAUGCAAGUCUGUCUUGUUCUUUGAAGAUUUUGUAUGGAGAAGGAUAAUUUGAUUGUGCUUGUGAAUAUAUGAAAGAGGAAAUUUUUAUCUAAUGCUUUCAGUAGUAACUGCGGAGGAUUUAAUUAAGAUUUUCAUACAAUCUUGGCGAAAGAAGAGCUUGUUAAUUUGUGUAUUAUAGUUCCCAGAGUUUGGAGUAACAAAAUCCUUUGUGGUACUACGUUAUAUAGAUUUAAUUUUAUUUGUAUAAUAGAGCAUCUGAUAAAUCUGUUCAUUUUAGGUCACAAUUUGUUUGUUGGAAUAUUUAAUAGGUUCCAGGUGCUUUUGCAAAGAGGAAUCUUGGUGAACAAGAAUGUACUCUCUGCAUGAGUGUGUCUAUUGUGUUACCUUUUUUAAUUGCAACCUGGAGCAUUAUUAAAUAUUAGAUUAAUCCUUUAAUAAAGGCAACACUCAUUUUUUUAAAAAUUCAUAUGACCAGCUGCCAUUUUCCAAUGAGAUUGAUGUUAACAAUGUAUAUUUUGUUUUGAGAAGCUCAGAGUCUAAUCUUUAUGGCCCUUUAUGCAAUAGGUGUUAGAAUUUUAGUUGAUGAGAUAUUAACUGAUGUUUCAUUACAAUGUCUUGUAUCACAUUAUUUUGAUCGCACCAUAAAUUUGCAUUCUGUUUUAAAGAUGGCCUUAAUUUGUUUUAAAAAUUACAUUUUAACACCUUUUACAAUAGAAAUAGAAUAUGUUAUGGGCAAGUGUGUAAUAUUCACCUACACUAGUAAAUUCAUGCAUGUUAUAUUACAAUGUCUUAAGUUACCAACCCAGUAAAUUAUGAGAAAAGAGGGCACCCACGUACAGUUCACAGGGUGUAUAUUUAUCACUGGGUUUACAGAAUAUACAUGACAUCAAACAGUUUAUAACCAUGAAAGAUUCAUUGUUUUCAUUUCACAGGGUCUUAAAAGAAUUUGUAUUUUCCCUUUGUAUGUAACAUGUGCAACAAGAUGAUUUGCUCCCAAGCCUCUUCCCAUAUUGCUGCAGUAUGAACUACUUGAAACUUCUCUCCCCCUCUGUAGAAAAUCCUUCUAGCAUCUUUCUGUGGCACCAAUAAGAUGAGCUUGCAUGGUAAGCAUUUACUGACACAUACAGAAUAGCCAUAUAGAAAUGUAGAAUACGGCUCAAGGUCUUGCACUGUAUCCGAGUACUAUUUAGUAGACUCCCUCAGGUUGGGUGGAUUCUGAUUCCCAGUGUGUCCUGUAAUACACAUUGUUACAAAAGGGUUAACAUUUGAUUUAAACUUUCAUUGAUGAAUUUCUAUCAGCUUUUAAACCAGUAAUCUUAUUGGUAUUGUGCACUUGUCCAUUACAUAGUUGAGUUUGUGGUGUGACAGUCAAGUUAUCGGUUAUGGCUACUUGUGUUUCAGGAGAAAAGGAAAUGGGAAAGAAAGAUGUCAGAGAAGCAUAUAACCCUUGGAAUGUCUUUGGCAUUCUCACUACAGUAGAAGCUUGGCAUGAAUUGAUAAAUUGACAUGGGAAAUUUAAACCACAUUUAAUGUGAUGGACCUGUGAGAAAUUAUCUGUUUCUUCCUUGGCUUCUGUGUGUUGAGUUGAAGUAUCAAUUUGAAUUUACAAUGCAUUAACCCAUAAGGGUUUGACAAAGAAAUUCUCAGCACUUUCUAACCAAGGAAGAAAGUUGUUUAAGCUAGUAACCCCAGUGGAAGUAAAAUUAAUUUACCUAUAUUGAAAAUUUUUAGAUUUUCUGUGACGAUUUGUAGACUUGUACAGGGAGGGUCAGUGAAAUAUAUUGUGUUAUUGGUUCUGAAAAGAAUAGCAAAUUCUUAUUCCCACUUAGUCUGAAAUCAAAUAUAACUGGAUUGGUUGAUUGCCACCUAAUUAGUGCUUAUGAGCCGCUUUAACACUGGGUAAAAGCCAGUGGGUCUGUAGCUAGAUCUGUCAUAAGAAAUUUGUAUAGUGAGAAAACCACACAACUAACUUUCAAAAAUCCAAUCUCAGUUACGAAUUUGGCAGAUUAGCAAUUAAACUGUCACACACUAUGUUUCUUGUCAACUUUAAAGUAGUUGAAACAUGUACAGUAUACUUUAGUGUUCCUUUUUUUUCAGCACUAGAAUAUCUGGAUAUUUUAGCUUGUCUAGCCAUCCCCACACUAUCAAAUUUUGAUUUAGACUGGCAGUGAGCAUAAAACUACACUAGAAAUAUCUAACUUAUUUCAAGAGCAGUAAUCUGCAGCCAGUUUUGAGUCAUUGUGGUCAAUCUUCAGGUAGAUUUAUGAAUAGAAUAUGGCAGUGUUUGGAAAUUCAAAUGAAUUCGGAAACAAGCAGCUGGACUGUGGUUGCUACGUAAGUAAUGUUUUAAUGGACAGAACACCUUCAGAAUAUACAGUGCAUUAAUCUCUUCAAUAGCCCAUGGAAAAUGUAGUAAAGCACUAUUUAUGUCGUAAAGUCAUGAAAUAAGCACUAUUUCCUGGUUAGGUUUUUAAGGUAUUUGUACAAUGUUCAAUAAGAGCUUUUUUUAAAGUUGCCGUUUGCUUUGUUAAAAUGUAAGUGUAUCAGCUUUUAAUCAAAAUGUUCACCUCUAUUUAGAAAUAUUGUUGGCUAAUGCAGUCAAAUUCAUUUUUAGAUUAUAAGUAAGCUAUGGUUAAUUUAAACACCCAACCAAUGUGAACCUUUGUUAGUUACAAACAAUGGUGAAGGAAGACUGAACAGAAGUACAGAUGCAACAUCCUGGAGACAUUUUGACAUAUGUUUAGGUAAAUGCUGUUAAAGGUUAAGAUCAUUACUUUUUCUUCAGUCUAAUUGAAACUUUUUAGAAAUAUGGAAGAUAUAUUUGUGGGUUGACUACAUCACUCUUGCUACUGUAUUGCAGGCUGAAUCUGCUUAAAGGCUACCAUAGAAUAUUAUAGUGAGAAUAAUGUAAAUUACCUCCUGGGAAUCACUGGAAACUAAUGAGAUUGUGUAGGCUGAAUUGUAGUGAGUGGGUUGCAUACUAUUCCCACCACCACUUUAUUAGCCUCCAUUUUGUGCCAAUUUAUGAAUUUCUUGGCGAAAUGCAGGAGACUUUUUAAGUUUGUUCUUUUGUAUGCAAGGUUUUUGUUGCCAUAUGUUAAUGAAUAGGCCUUUGAUCUUCUGCCUUACUAUACAGUCACAGUAUACCAAGAGUAACACAUCUUGGGGGUCAGUCUUUCAUCAAAUGACAGUGUCCACUGAGGACCACCAAGCCAAAGGCACAGAUGGCCACAAGUGCCUUUUUAUUUUUGCUGGAUCUCAAAAUAAAAUUAUAGUACAUUAGCCACCUGAUAAUGAGAGUGCUGGUUGUUUAGUUUCUAGCCUAGUUGUCUUUUGAACUGUUUAUUAGCAGUCCAUCUGGAGGAGCAGCACAGUGCUGUCAGUUGUAAAUUGCCAACAUCUACUUCAAUAAUUCUAAUGCCAGUGAGCAAAAAUGCUGAAAACCGCAUGCUCACCAGAGCCAAAAUGAUUGUUGAUUUAUGGUAUCGCUUCAAAUGCGGACAUCAGUGGGUUGGUAGCAGAUUUGCUUGACUGUCUAUUAUUUUACUAGUUAUUAUUAACAUGGGCAAUGAAGUGGUUAACAUUAAUUAGAAGAUACUAAUAUUUCAUUCCACGCAAUUUUCUAUGCAAGUGUAAGGGGUCUUAUUGUUGCAAAAUGAUCAUUUUUGCCAUCUGGCAUCUUUAGGGAUAUCCUUAUCAGCAGAGUCCAGAGGUGAAAUUAAAAUCCAUCUGCUCUGCUUGAAAUUGUGACUUGUUCAUAGUCUCUGAAAAAGCAUCCCUUAGAGUACUGGUAUGUAUUUCUAUUUUCUGUAGAUCUUUCUGACUGAUUUUCACAACCCAAAGCCUUCUUAAACGAGGUUUGAGCUGUUCUGCAGAAGAUGUUCAUGUGCAUUAUGAAAUCGUUUUGGAGAAUUUUUCCAAAGUAAAUCCAAAUACUAUCAUCCACAUUAGAGGUUUUUAUUUGAUCAAUUUUGGAGCUGGAUUUGACUCAAAGGUCAUAAGUGCAUGUUUUUUUUUAAUCCCUUUGAUUACUUAUUCCAAUGAGUGUGACACUGUUUGAUUAGGUAUUAACAGGUCUGGAUUGUGUGUGGGUAGGUUCCCUCUAGUAGAACAUAGAACACUGUAUCACAAGAACAGACUCUUCAACCUACAAAGUUGUGUCAAUCUAAGUAAAUUAGUAAUAAAAUGGCCAAUUAAUCUAAUAUCCUCUGUCUACACCAUGUCCAAUUCCUUCCACUUUCCUCACAUUCAUGUACCUCUCUAAAUGUUUCUUAAAAGUCUCUAGUGUAUCUGUCACUACCACCACCCCAGACAGCACAUUCCAGGCACCCACCACUGAAAACUUGCCCAUCACAUCUCCUUUGAAAUUACCUCCUCUCACCUUAAAUGCGUGCCCCCUGGUUUUAGACAUUCCUACCCUGGGGAGAAAGAUACUGUCUACUGUCUAGAAAUUCCUAUUUCCUUCUUCCCGUGAAACCUUUGUUGUUUAACUUUGAUUCGUCCUGAUAAGCACAAUUAGAUUGCUUACAGUCACACUUCUCCAAUAUUUUAACCUCUUGAGGUAACUACUAGGAAAUUAACAAGUUUGACAAGCUGUUUUCCUCCUCUUUUUAGGAGGACCCACAUUCAUUCUUGCUGCUCUCAGUAAAGUAAACCUCCAAUUGCCAUAAACUAACUUCAGCAGUUGAAUUUUGGAUUGAGUCACAUAUUGGUUUACCAAAAGAAAAGUUGCACUAAAUAAUGUAGAUUAGCUUCAAGUAAUCAAACCCUGCAGCCCGAGCUCUUUAGGCAUUAGCAUUUCUACUUUAGACUGUAAUUUAGGAGCAGAAUUGGGCCAUUUUGGCCCUUCGAGUUUGCUCUGCCUUUUCAACAUGCCUGAUCCAAUUUUCCCCUCAGCCCCAAUCUUCAUUUGUGAUUGUUUGAGUUUAAAAACUGAAUCUCUUUUCUACUCACAUCAGACACAGUAAACUAGAUCAUACUACUAAUGUAUCUUCUAAAUGGGUCAUUCCACCAGAUAUCCUAACAAAGAAAAGCGUUAUUUCAAUCCAUCAUUAAAAUGCAAACAAUACUUUUGUUCCUACUAGUCUGUUUGAAUGGGCAUAAAAUGGCAGACUUGGAGUCAAGUCUUGGGGAUUUUGCAGUGACAUGCUAGUUUUUAGUUGUCAAGAUCUGCAUAAACUAUUUUUUUAAGAAGGAAAAUGUUUCUUCUGUGCCUUACUAAUCAAAUUUCUCUUUCCGCCAGCUAUAGCUCCUUUAUACUUAACGGAAGAUGACUCAAUCAGUUUAGUUACAGCUCUUUAAUCUUACUACUGGACUUUUAAACAGUUCUGCUUUAUUAUGGUGUCUACAAACAAGUUCUCCUGCAAGCUUCAUAUAAUUCAUAAAUGCCCUUUUUAAUCCUGACUAUUCUCCUUUCCUUGAUUCCCUACCACACACUGCAGUAUUCUAAAUAUUUAUUCUAACCUUCUUCCAGUUAAUAGCUAAAAUUUUCACAAAAUUAAAAAAUCUUGAUGAAUACUUGUGCUAUCAUUGUCAGCAAGAUAAAGCAUGAAUUAAGGAAAAUUAAUGUUGUGGCAAUAUUCCAGGAUCACCCCACUCAUCUCAGCAUUUGAAAAUGAUACCAUGUACAGUAUAUCAUAUAAAGUAACAUCUGAGAAACUGAUGGGACCAUUAAGUUAUUGCUUCUGAAGUAAAUUUUAAAUGAAUGAAUUAGUCUUAUUGGGAUAGAGAUCUGUAAGUAGUACUGAAGGUUAUGUUACAACUCUAUAACCUAAAGGCAACAUUCUCUCACCAGUAAAUGACUGAAUGCUGGGCAAUAUCUAUUGGAAGUUGAAAUGUGACCUUAAUUCAGCAUUUUAACUUACUGUAGCAAAAUUGGAAUUCAAUAACUUUUCCAAGCCUUUUAUUAAAACAACCAAGCUGGGAAGGGCAAAAAAUGGUCUGCCUGGCAUAAGUGCCCAAUUUAGUGCUGAAAUGGUCACCCAUCCCAAUUUGAAUCCCAUCGGGGUAGACACAAGAGGGACAAAAUGGAGGAUUCAUGAAGGGCUAUGCUAAGUGCAAUAGGGUUUUUAUUUCAGAUCCUACAAAGAGCCUUGAAUAGCAGUAUCUACUGAACCCAAAUACAAUACUUUAAGAGAAAACUCAUUAUUGUUUUUGAUUUAAUGACCAUUUAAAAUACUUCUGAAUUAUUUUGAAUGUAUUAGAUAGCCUAUGAUGCUAACUUUGUUUACACAAAAUUGUAGCCAAUAAUCAUUUGAUCCAAAAGACUGCAAUAAGUAUAUUGCAGUGUCUUGUCAAAAGAGGAACAUAUUCCUCUGGCAUUAAGAAUUUCAAGACAUGUACUUUUCCUGUGCCAUUGAUUUUCCUUGUGGUUAUAUUUGCUAUUUGCGUUAUAUUUGCUAUUUGAGAAUAAAUGUAUUGUUAUGCAAAAAAAUCCUUUUAGGUUUCCAACAUUGCAAUGAAAACAUUUUUGUCGCUUAAGAUGCAGUUCCCCACUGAUGUUAAAUAUUUAUUUGAAAACCUGUUUCAAAUAAAACUAGGCAUUGAAAUGUUUAUCAAGGUGGAUGUGAUGUAUCUUUAUGAAUAUUUGCCUUCAAAAUAUUUUUUAGAUAAAUAAUGAAAUGGGUCAGUCUUUGUGACAAACCUUGUGUUUUUUUUAAAUCUUACUAUUGUACACUCCUUCAAGGCUGCCUCUCUGAAAUGACCUGACUCUGUGAAAGAUGUGUUUAGUGUGAAGAAUGCUUAAUUCUUUAUCCAUACAGUUUUUCAAAAGCCUGUGUGGAAUAUCCCAUUAGACUCCGAACAUAACAGAGGAGGAGGAGAAAAACAGAAAUCUAGUCCAUCUUGUAUAGACUGCAUGUUUGGUCAGUAUAGUUGGUCAUGGUCCAUAAAGAAGCUGACUCUAGAAAGGGAGUAUUGUACUUUGUGGAUAAUGACCGGAAAGGUCAAGGGAGAAAUGAAUUUGUCCCUUAGUCUAACAUGCAAAAAGUGCAACCAGUAAGUCUUUGUCCUUAUUCCUAAAUAUCACUGCUCGACAAACAAUGGUGUCCAUGUGUGUUACAGUUACAUUUUGUAUUGCCCAGGGAAUGUUUGUAUGCUGUAAUGUUGAUCUUUUUUAAAUUAAAAAAAAGAUAUUGAAAGUAACUUAAAUAAAAUGAUUUUGAAAGAUGCAUUA